AUGGGUGCCAAUUUGGCCAAACAUUUGAUUUCUAUAUUCAAUAUAUUUGGAGCUCCCAAAAUACUCUACACAGAUAAUACGCCUGAAUUAAAAAACGAAAGCAUCCAUAAGAUCGUGGAUAUGUGGCCUGGAUGCAAAAUAAUGCACGGAAGACCAAAAGACUCCCCUCAUGGAUUAGUCGAGCGUGUUAAUAAAGAUAUUAUGAAAACAACGUGUUGGGCUGAUGCUUUAGAGACGAUACAAUUCCAAAAGAAUAUAUCGUAUCAUAGAGGAAUCAAGGCAUCACCCUAUGAGGUUAUGUUUGGACACAAACCUCACAUCUGGGAUUCCUCUAUGCCAAAAAAAUCGGAAGAUCCAGUAGAGGAUACUGCUUAUAUGGAUGAUGAUAAGAGUUUUUACCAAAAUCUUGUAGAUUAUACAGAUUCGGAUGAUCCUGGUGAUUUUGAACACAAUUCUAUCCGCGAAAAUUAUCUAUCACAGGAUCCUGAAUACCCGUCUCCCGAUCUUGCUGAAUUUGAAAAUAAUCCUAACUCUCAGCAAGAAUAUUACCCGUCUCCCGAUCUUGCUGAAUUUGAAAAUAAUCCUAACUCUCAGCAAGAAUAUUGCUCGUUUCCCGAUCUUGCUACCGAGGACGAUAUCAUUCGUAAACAUAUUAAUGCGAUCAAGAAAAUUAGGAAAAUUUCGAAACAUGCGUUAAAAAUGACAAGCGACAAAAAACUUAAACCUGGGGAAAUUGAUGAUUCCUUAUUAUUGCCAAUUCCAGUAGUCGAUCAGGGGAGACUGGAUCAUAAAAUGUUGAUGGCAGUAAUUACGGAUAAAUCCAAAGAGGGAUUUUAUAAAUUGGGAACUAGUCGUGGCUAUUUAUCUGGUCAUUAUGCUAGGUCCCAAUUUGAUUUAACAAAAAAAAAACUUUAUUAA